UAUACGAAUGAAUUUCCGUGUGUUCGCCAAAUGAGUUUGUCCAACUGUAUCUGUCCAAGCCGGCUCUUGCGGUAUCAACUGGUUUUUUCAAACAUAAAAUAUUUCUAUAAUUAUGCAUCAAGAUUUAACAAAUAUUGAUGCAAAUUUAAAGAAACCACAAAGGGAAAUACUUACGCCGUAUAAAAUAGCAGUUGUCAUGUUAAUUAGAGAGUAUUGCAUGGACCGAGAAAAAGCUAUAUUGGAGAGACGGGAUUUUUGCAUAGUAGCAUUGAAACUUAUACAGUCUCCAGAUAUGGAUUUGUCGAGUUUAUUGAAUAUACUUAAUUCACCAGAAUAUGUUCUACAACGUAUCGGUCGUCACCUAGAUACUCAUUUAUGUGAAUUGGCAUCGAAAGAAAUUGAGGGUUUAUUGGAUUUAUUUGAUAGUCUUGGUCGUCUGACGAAACCUGCUUUGGACCACUCUCUUUCUUUACCUGCUCUCAAUAAGAAUUCUGUUCUUGGAUUGUAUGUCCGACGUGUUAUUGUUUUGUUUGAAAAAUUGACAUUUUACCAGGUGGUAACACUCUAUAAUGCAUUAUGGAAGUAUAUAGAAAAGUACAUUGACACGUCAAGGCUAUCUACAAAGUCAAAGAUGGAUGAAUCUGAAAGUUCAAAAGACAGAUACAUUUGGGGUGGAAGACAAGCGGAGCUGCUUGUGGCUCAACAGGCACAUGCAUUGCAGACAGAUGAGCAGAAAGCUUUGUCUCCUAAGGAGCUUCAAGCUUUUGUCCAUGAACUUCUUCAAUGUAGUCCAUAUUAUGCAGAAGCUCAUUAUUUGAGUUACCUAAACUGCUUACGAGUGAACGAAUAUUGCGGAGCGUUGGAUAGCCUUUAUCAUUGCUUCGACAGGUUUGCGCCUUUAGAAAGUAGAUCUGCUCCUGAAGAUGGAUCUCGAACAUUUCGUUAUGCAGCUCUAAAUUUAGCUGCGUUACAUGCUCAGUUUGGUCACAAAGAAGUUGCCAAGUCUGCAUUAAAGGAAGCAAUUAUGUUGGCUCAAGAAGCUGGCGAUAAUGUGUGCCUGCAGCAUGCACAUGCUUGGAUAUAUCGCUUAACAAAUCAACAGAAAGGUCUCCUAAUCGAGCGAUCUGUUGGAAAAGCAAGUAUGCUAGGAAUUACUCAUACGACGAGUCUUGGACUCAUAGCAUCAGCUCAUCACUCCGCAUUAGAAGGAAAAAAUCCUUGCCAAGUAUUUGAGAUUCUGAUCAAAUCAGAUGUGUUGAACUGUCAGCACUCGAUGGUAGAUCUCAUGUCUAUGACUUAUGCCGAAAAGGCAGCAUUGUGGGCUUACUAUGGUAAGACUGAAAUGUCAUCGAUAUGUGCUCAAUUGUUACUUCUUCACAAUAGUGGUGAUAAAAAGGAGCAUAUGUUCAAUGGACCUUCGACGUGUCAAGCAGUCGUUACUAUAGCAAAUAUUUUAGUUGAGUUUGGAGAGUACAAUUUAGUUAAUGUUGUAUUAUCCCACGCCAAAGAAAGAUUCCCCAAUGAGCCAAGUAAUAAGAUCUGGAUGUUAAGUGAACAACUUUACGAGUUUGUUCAAUCGAUGAGACAUGAAAAAUGGAGCGAAGCUGAAGCCAUAGCUAUGCAAAUAUCGAGUUUGGAUCCAUUAGAAAGUAAAUUUAGGCAAGCUGAAGUCUGCUUAGCUAAAGGCGACUAUCCAAAAGGACUUGAAUACAUCAGCACUAUUGAAAAGACAGACAACAUAACGCCACAAAAUAAAGUACGAGCAAUGAUACUGUCAAGCCAAAUAAUGUGUGCGUCGAUAUUGCCAGGAAGUGGAAUAGCUGGAUCAAAUUCCUUAGUGCUUCUUAACUCAGCCUUAGAUAUAGCUGUUCGACAUCAUUUAUCUUACUACAAAGCCUUGCUUGAAAUGCAUCUUGCUAAUAUACAAUUAGUAAUGGGCAUGCCGAGUCAAGCAAUGCGCUUAGUUGAUAAUGCCAUUAUUGAAAUACUGAGCCACGGUGGAUGCUAUGAUCAAGGCAGAGCUUUUGUUCUCUAUGCUAAGUGUUUAGUUGCCACAGCUCCAGCAAGUUCCAACAGCAUAAGAAAAUCCGCAGUACAAGAAGCCAUUAAGGCGUUGUCGAAAGCAAAGGAUCAUUUUAAUAAAGUCGAAGCACUUGGUAGAGUCAAGAACACAUUGUACCUGCAAAGUUUACUUUACCACGAGUUGGAUCAUAAAGUGGAACGUAAUCAGUGUGCCUUUGAGUUUCGCGAAUUGGAUGUACAGUUUCCUACAAAGUUAAAUACUAUCACCUUGUAUUAA